UAUCGAAAGAUAUCUGUCAAAACGUCAUCCGCCGUUCUCUCAAAGUCUCAACGCAUUUCAAUUUUCUGUUUCAAAAAACGCCCGAUUUUUUUUUGAUGUGAUCAAAACUUUAAAACAAAAUGCGCUGAAAUAGCGACCCUUUAACCGAUAAUAAAGUUACGAGUAUGUUUUUAUGACGAGCCUCGUUAAUAAGGAGACGAUUAUGUCGAAGGCUGUAAUUAUACCGGAGUGUAAUAAGGACAUCGGGGGUAUUAAAGAGGAGAUAUCUUUGUCUCCACCUGAAAAACGAGAUGGUGCAAUAGGUGGUUUGUUUAGUAGGCUGCUGCGGCUCGAUACGUUGAGCAAGAAGAGCAAUGCUCCCGAGAGCCCGACGUCUAUGGAACCACCGACCACCUACUAUGGAGUUUAUAUACCCAGUGAAAUUAAAAAAGGACCUGACGAAGAAGCACUGCACGUCUACAAGAACAAGUCUGAGGCUUUGGAGCUGGUGCGAAGAUACAAGGCGUCGAGGUUCAAGGCGUUCAGAAACCGACAGGAUGCCGUGUCUUUCGCUCUGCGGGGAGCAGAACCCACUGACACCACUGAUGGGAACGAUAGUUCGGUGAUGGGAGAGAAACCAUACCCGUUUAAGGCGCCUUCUCCGCAAGACAUGGUGGCGCUGAGGAAGGCGAUCGAGGCGGGGCUCUCCACCACUGUGCGAGAUAGAGUGUGGGACAACCCCAGGUUCCUCGUCAGCAGUGGCAACACGCCAGCUAUCAUGCAGGAAGGCUCCCGCUACAACGCAUUGCACAUAGCAGCCAAAGCAAUGAACGCUGAGAUCUGUAACCUAAUUCUGACGACGGUCGGCAAUCCCAUGUUUGUGCAGACCUUAUACGGCAUGGACGCUGAUGCUGACUCUUGUAAGGAAUUCGCAAGCAUUCUAGUGGAUCGUUACCUGAACACUCCUGAUAAGGCGAUCAACGAGACACCUCUGCAUUUCGCGGCUAAGUUCGGAGCGGAACAGGUAGUUGACGUGCUGACGUCAUUCCCGCAGUGCAACAGAAGUGCUGUCAAUAAGUAUGGAGAACAGGCUAAGGAUAUAAUCUGCAAGCGUGCAACAAACAGUUCCCCGGGUGUGCCAGCCCGUAUAGCUGCCAUGUUACGCGAGCGGUACUACGUGCCCGUACUACACAGCGAAGACGGUAGCGCUGUGCCCACUAUAGGCAAGGCGUUUACGCCUGCUGUGCCGCCGGAAAUAAACCGCGACCCUUUAAGCCCUCGCUACGAGAUCCGAGCAUACGCCGGUCCUAUGGAGGCUCGUGACGCGGAACUGUUCCGUCGUCGCUGGAAGACUCCGCCCCGCGCCCCCGCGCAGGGCUGUGCCCCCGGGCCCGCGGCGCCGCUGAUGCCCCACGCCAACUAUACCACGCACACCCCGGCGCCGCCCGCCAGUCCUAAGCCGCAGGCCUUUCGGCUUAAAGAGAUUACGAAGGGGCUUGAAACUGUUGGCAGGGAAUUAGCAGAAGAAAUGAAAGUUGGUUGGAAAGAGUACUGGCCGUUUCUAGACACGUUCACGGACUUACGCACACCUGAAGGGCUGACAUUACUGGAGAACUAUCUCAAGAACAAAUACGAGAGCGCUUGUUCCUUCGCGUACAGCGACAGCUGUGCUCACUCCCGGGUGCCUGAGGACCUGUCCCUCUCUCGCAUCAGCCUCUCCAUGUCACAGCUCAGCCCCUCAAGAGACUCCACCCUAAGCCCCAUGUCCGAACUCUGCGUCGCCAUGAAAUCCUGCAAAAUAUCCAACGAAAGACCCCCGCAUUGGCGAAAAACAGACCCUCUUAGGCAAAGACUUUGUAGGCAACCAGGAGCUAAGAUUGUGAAUGGAGACGCUCCAACUAUGAAUCAUACAGUCAGCCAGUUACUCUGUAUAGAGCGAACCUGCCAAGUAUUUGCCAAAAGAAUAGCGGAUGCUUUAACAUUCUCUCUGACUGCGGAACCGGAGACAGCUGGAGAUUCUCUCAAAUCCGAGUCCAAACAUCUCCAACACACAAUUUUUACAUACAUGGACGAUGAGAGAUUUAAAAACAUUGACUUUGCACUAAUACACUCGAGACUCGCACAACUAGUUGUGUACAAGUUAAAACAGCAAACGACUGAAUUGGAUGACAUUAAUCAUUUGUUGGAGUUCCUUGUAAAGUUACGGUGUCCGAAUGACGAUAUAUUUAGUUCUGACGAUGAGAGAAAGGUACCUAGUUAUAGGUGUCCUAGUAGAGUGAGGAUGACUCAUGUGAUCGACAGCCAUGUGAGGUGUUUAGCUAGCUUUAUUUGCGAAGAAUUGACGGAAGGGGAAAUAUUAAAAGCCCCAGCGAUGUCGGAAACGGAAUGUACGGAGCUAUGGCAGAAAGCCUCUAAAUGUAGGUGUGACUGGAAGAUCGAAGUGUUCGAACGAAACAGCAAGAAGAAUGCGUCGUUUAGGAAAAAUAGAUCUAUAUUGUCAACUAGUCCGAAGAGCGAGAGCUUUAUUAGAAGACUGACGUUUGAUCACGAUAUUGGUGACUGCGCUGAACAGAACAGCGAGGCCGAGCAGCCGGUGAGCGUGAACUCGCCCGCCGGCGACAGCGGCGCCGCGCUCUACACGCUCGACACUGCCAAGUGCCACGUCGUGCAUGCUGAGAUUUCGGAUGACGAAUCGGGGGCAUCUCUCAACUCUGAGGAGGAAUUCCACACGGCCUCCGAACACUCGGAUCUUGAAGAAGACGAUAUGGCUGAAGCAAGUGAUUGCGCGAAAGCCGAGCCUUUUAUAUAUGGUGAGGAGCCGUCGAAAGUAGACCGUCUAGUGUUCGACGCGCUGUACCAGUGCCAGAUAUGUCCCGAGCAGUACCCGCACGUGUACCGCUGGCGGCACAGCGUGGCGCUCUACCCGCCCGAGCAGAGGGACAAAUGGCAGCCAGCACAGACUGAAGACAGUAUGAAUGUGAGCAUAUCUCUGGGAGGCUUCAGCCCCGCGCCGCCCGCGCCGCGGCCGCGCGCGACGUGCUCCACGCCGCAGCGAGAACGCGACACUGCGCGGGCGCCGCCAUUGCAGGUGUCGACAUGGCUGCGAGUGACCGGGCCCAACUCCCCGCGGUCGGCGCUGGCCGUCAAGAACGCGAACCACAACGUGAGCUUCGGCUUCUGAGCGAUAACACACGCUCAAGCACAUACACACAUGUGGCCUUUAUCAAAUUAUACUAUGUAACAUCUUCACACAUCUACCAUUAUUCGCUAAAACUAAAUAGUGAAAAUCUCAGUAGUAUCGUGACAAAUUGAAAAUGUUGCAGUCACAACCAUUUUUCUCCUCUGACCUUUUCUUGGGCAGCAAAAAAAUUAAUAAGAAAUUUUAAUUAUUAAAAAGAAAUUGAAAUCUUGAAUGAAUGAAAAAUAUUUCCUUAAUGCUUUACUGUAUGAAUAUACCAUUAAAAAUGUAUGAUUUUGGUUUCUCUGUAUCUAUUUGUGACAUUCGUUUAUUUAAAUAUUGAAUUGAAUUCGAUAAUUACUGAUUUAAUGUUUAAUACUAGAAUAUUUUUUGAAUUGAAGAAUGUUUAUAUAUUUUGUUUAAUAACCGAGUCUGUGGUUAUGUGGAUUGGCGCUACUGUACUUCUUAUAGUUUAGUCACUUUGUUUAAGAGGUGCAACUUAAUAUUAUUAAUUAAAUUCUAUGUGACAUACUAAAUGCAUGUGAUGGCGAUGUCCUAAAUGCUCUAAAUUAAUCCACAAAGUGUAUGAACUAAACAUUAAUGAUUAUACUACAAGAAUGCCGUAGUUCAAACACUUUGAAUUACUUUAAGAUAAUAGGACGUCCUGCUAUUAUUCUAUUAACAUCACAAUUAUAUCGACCAUAGGCUAAGAAACCCAACUGACAUAACUUUAUAAAUAGAGUAUAAUACUAAAACUUAUAUUUUUAAAUUCUUAUUUACUUUCUGCUGAGCAGUGAAGUGCAGCUGACGCACGGAGCGUGCAAUCUGAUGUCGAACGACGUUGGUCAACGAAUGAUUAUGAUUAUAUACGAAAUAAAUGUUAGUUCUAGGAAAACACUCACACUAGCUCUCUUUAUUGUCUAUUCAAAUAUGUGUACUUUCUAUUACAAAUAGAAAGUUGUCUAUAAAUAUAAUAUUCAAUGAAUGAAGAGUUCUGCCGGCAUAAUUCUGAUAAAACAUUGCAAAUCUCAUAUAUUUUACGUUUUAUAAUGUUUUAGGUAAAGUAGUUUAUAGGUUUACAAGCGCAAUACUUACAAUUUCAUACAAUAUUUAUUAACAUUACAUGGAAUUAAAUAUUCGUUCGAAUAUUUUGUGAUUUUCUUAUCUUGGUUUGAUGCCGUAUGAAAACGUAAAUAUUGUGUUAUGAUUAUUAAACAAUGUUUUGAUGUUAUAGUUGCAUUUGUUCAUUAUGUCCUGUGUUAGGUGACAAUAAAGUUUCACUGCGUUGAUUAGCAUUUAAUGUAGUUAGGUUGCGACGUCGGGACUCGUGAAUGCCAAAAGCUGUGAGUUGUUCAUAUUACGUCUACGAAUGUUUGUACUUUUAUAUUUGAAAGAUACGAGAAAUUAGCUAUAAAAAGUAUGUUUUAUAUGAUAUUACGAAGUUUUAAAUUCACAUAGACGAUAGAUAAAUAAAUUAUGACUGGUUCUUUU